AGCGGCGUGGCGCCGUGUGCCGCGGCUCUGACCCGCUGUCAGUUGCCCGAGCCCUGUGCUACGGUUAGGACCGCAUAAUCGUCACCUUUUAACGACGUACGCGCCGAGAGAGCUAGCCACGGGUCGCCGCGCGUUGCCGCGUGUUGUUCUCGGCAGCACACACUCGUCGUGUCCGAUUCUUUCGUCGCGGCCGAGACGUCGGCGAGAGCGCGAACGACUCGACAGCGCGCGGUAAUCGGGGACGAAGAGAUCGGCAUAUUAUACGCGAGAGAGGCGAAAGGCCAGCGAGAGCGACGGCAGGGAGCAGCGAUCGCGAGCGCGAGCACGAUUGACCGUAAUCCGACCUCCGAUCGAACCUCCACCCGCGAGAGGUAGCUCAGCGUGUCGUUCGAGCGCUGUCUCCGUCGUCGUCGUCGUCGUCGUCGUCGUCGUCGUCGUCGCGUGCGAGCUACUUAGAGAUUCACGAGCGAGCGCUCCUCUCUGGUAAAAUCGCGGUCGAAAUCGCGGGGAAGGACGGCUCGAGUCGCGCGCGGGCGUGCUGGGUGAUUUGGAAUUUCCUCUCUUGUGGUGGACGUUGGUUGAGUGAACACGACCGUUCGGCUCCACCGCGGACUCGGAGGGAGCCGGCAAGAACUGCAGCCUGAUACGACACGCGUAUCCAGGAUGCUCUGGUAGAGGAGCGCGGACAACCCCCUGGUUCGAGCGCGAGAAAUGGCGUGCGGCAUAUCGGUCGACGUGACCGCCACGAGCACGGUGCUUCUCCUGCUGGUACUGCUUCAGGCGGCACUGGUGUGGGAGGAGGCGCGCGGCGCUCCACCGAGAAAGAGCGACAUCCUCGCGGGCACAGAAUUCCUGUCGGUCUUCAUAAACGGCGCCAUGGCGCCGACACCGCAACGACGACGGGGGGGCUUCCGUCGCGGAGGACAGGCGACGGCGCCAAACGGCGACAGCGCGACCGCCGAGUCGCACCAGCACGAGGCGUCGAUCUACCGGAUAUCUCGGAACCCCAACGUGCGUCCGGUGGUGUCGAGGCCGCCGAGCGGCCGCGAGGAAGUCGUCCGCUUCUACCCCAUAAGUCAGAGGACGCUGGAGAACCGGCAACAGAAUCUGGCGUCGUUGAUCGACGACCUGAGCACGCCAGGCGGCGUAAGAUCGACGCGUCUGACGCCGACUAGCGCGACGACGACGACGACGACGACGACGACGACGACGACGACGAUGGCGAGUCCGCCGCCGACCUUGAAAGACCGAACGAGCCCGAGGUCGAACGGUACCAAUCACGCUGGAGCCAACGCCACCGGCAAAGCCGUCAGCCGGCAGAAGGUGAUCGGCGUCAGCGUCACAUCCACGGUCGAGGCGACGCCGUAUAAAGUGCGCGUCGAGCAUUACGACAGCGCGGACGCCGCGAUGGUGGUGACACGACCGCCGAGUUUAGAGUCUCCGGUGAGCAGAGAAGUCACCAGAGACCCAGCGAGCAGAAGCACGGUGAGGCUCGGUGAGAGCAACAGCGGCAACGCCAAGCUGUCGUCGCCUCCAACGACAACGACGACGACGACGACGACGACGACCGCGACAACGGUAAGCACGACGCUGAUGACGACGCCUUUGCCGGCUCGGUUCGUCACGGAGGAGCUCAGCAACAUCGUCUCAGAGUCCAACAGGAGCGAGUUCUCCGUGGACGAGGAGUCGCCGAGGACGAGCUGGCGCGGCCGCGUCACCAUGACGCCGCAGAUCCAACAGACUCCCGCGUUCACGGAGAAGCGUCGGGACGAGCAGUCGAACGAAACCACCCGCACCGACGCCGACGAGGACGCUAUCACGUUGCCGACGGAGGAGAAUUACGAGCUUCCCGUGGAGAACUCGAAGCCUCAGGGGCUGAACGAAGAGCCGCCGGAGAUGUCGUCGGAUCGGCUCCAGGCGCAAAACCGCAAGGCGGCCCGCCACUACGACGCGCCGAUCUACAACCGCACGGGCCCGAAGGUCUACAGCCAGACGUCGAAGGUGUACAAGCCAACGCGAACGUACAACGAGCCGGCCAAAGUGUACAGUGAACCGGCCAAGGUCUACGGCGAGCCCGAGCGGGUGUACGGGGAACCGGCUAAGGUGUACAGCGAGCCCGCCAAGGUCUACAGCGAGCCGGCCAAGGUGUACAGCGAGCCCGCGAAGGUCUACAGCGAACCCGCCAAGAUCUAUGGCGAGCCGGAGAAGGUUUACUCCGAGCCGUCCAAGAUCUACUCGGAGCCGGCGAAAGUGUACUCCGAGCCCGCCAAGAUUUACUCGCAGCCGGCCAAGAUGUACGGAGAACCCAGCAAGGUGUACGACUCCGAGGGCCAACCGGUAGAUCGCCAACCAGGCGGUGAGCCCGACGAGCAGAACUACGAGAUCGACGAGUCGGUGAGCGUCGGCAGCAACGGCAACGUCCACGGCCCGCAGUUGGUCGUCACGGAGAUUUCGGCCACAUCCGAGUUUGAGGACGGCCGCAAGGUCGACUACGUCGAGGACAGGAACUUCAGGAAGUACCGGGUCGAGGAGAGAACGCCGGACGGUUUCAUCGUGGGCGAGUACGGCAUCGUCAGUCACGACGAUGGCUCCUUGCGCGGCGUCCGGUACACCGCGGACGGCACCAUCGACCCGCAGCUCAUUUACGACGCCUUGAAGAAGUUCCUCUCGCUGUGAGCGCAAGCGGACGGCCACGAAGAAGGACCGACGAAGGACGACCGGCGAGCCGUCGCGCAACCCUGCGAAGAUCAUCGCGACCGCACUAAUUCUCCCUCGUCCGUAUGUUCCCCCGCGGUAGAGCUCAGAUCGCGCUAUUUCUUCAAGGUCGACCGGAGGAGACCGACGUAACGUGGGUCGACCGGCAAUCGAGAGCAAUUGCGGGAAUCCACCACGUGACUCUCUCUCUCUCUCUCUCUCUCUCUCUCUCUCUCUCUCUCUCUCUCUCUCUCUCUCUCUCUCGCGCUCUCAUUUGAAUUUUCUCCUGGACGUAGAUUGGACGACGUAGGAAGUGUGUUGGACGCUAACGCGCGGGGGAGGGAAGAACGUCCUCGACUUCCUCGGGAGGAGCCGAUAUCGCGGGCGGGCUGACGACGACGAUGGCGAGCGUGACGAGUCGGCGGGCUUCUUCGUGGCGGCACAACGACGUCGUCGUCGUCGACCGGACGAACACGACUGAUUCUUUUGUUCUUGCCAACUCAACUGCCUCAACAAUUAAUUUUAAGGACGACAUUUAGGAUCUAAGGAAGAGCUCGCGUGUGUCCGAGCAAGGUGACCCGUUCCCGAUCCGGAGGACCGAAAGGUCGGCCGGGGCCGACGCACGAAAGUCGAAUCGAUGCUCAGUCAUUGCGAAACUCUGACAGAUGAAAGUUACUCCUUUGGCCGGCGAAAGUACGAACUUUUGUGUGCAGCAACUCUGCUCGAUGGCCUUUGACGAUUGUGGCAACCGAUCGAAGCGGUUGUCGGGUAUUUUUCUUAUAGGCUACUCGCGAGGCUCCUCGGAGCAAGAACGAAGCGCUUUUGGCGUCCCGGUGCGUGAGAGAUUGCACCUGGCUGACGACACGCACCCGGCUUAGACGAUUUCCAACCACGACAUUAGGAAUGCCUGGUCUUUUUAUACCCGUGGAUUUCGUGCGCGACGCGACCGACGAUACGCACGCGCGGUGUUCAUUUCUCGGUGUCUCUUUGCCUGGAAACGCGACGGUAAAUUUAUACAAUCGUCGUCUAAUUGUACGUAUCACAAUCGUGAGAUCAGUCUGAGAAAUCGUGCGAGCUUCUUUCUUCUUUCUCUUCUUCUCCUUCUUUUUUUUUCUUUUUUUUUUUUACUUUUUAGUACGAACGCACAGAGACGAGGCGAAACGUCUAAUCCUGACGCAAUCCUCGGCGCGCGUUCGUAACUCGAGAUCGAUUUCGCAUAUCGAUACGCGUCUUCGCAACUGAAUAUCUCAAAUAACGAGAAUCCCCGUACGGCUUUGUGUAUUCGUCGAGGAUGUACGUACCCGAGCCGGACCCUCGAUCUCUGAUCUCUGAUCUUUGAUCUCCGGUGAGAAAAUCUCGAACCGAAUCGUCACGGAGGCUCUCGGCCCCGACAAAAUAUUUUUUUGGCCGAGGCAGCGGCGUAUAUUCCUUAACAUGCUGAGCACGUACCGUAAAAGGACUCGUUUUACUACCCGAAAAACACUCCACGACACCCUUCCGCAAAACCGAUAAUCUCCCCGUCGAUCUUCUCGAAACAGCGAAGCGCAGCACCUCAGAGAUUGUCGGCCGACCGAUGCGAUGCGCUGCGAUGCGAUCUCGUAUGCAAAUCGAGAGCGAACUUUAUUUGUAUAUUAGAAAGGUACUACACCGGUGACAGUGAACCUAUGUCGAUAAGGAAACAAUUUAAUCGCCGAAGGGGACUUAACGAAUCAUUCGCGCCGUCCCGCGACAGUUAACGCUAAAAUACUCGGACUCUCCUUGUUGCGCUCUUGGCGUCGAGAAAUUACAUUCUUCGUAUGAAUUUUUCACACAAGGCUCUUUGCGUAAAAAUUUAUCAUCGGACAAGUGUGUGGUCUUAUAAAAUAUACCGCUCAAGUCUUCGUCACUCUACUUCAUAUGUGCUACAUCUUGAUCCAAUGAGAAAGACUAAUUAUUUCUAUUAGUCAUCGAUUGAUAAAAAUGGUCAAAUAUAAUUGUCCUCUUUAAGAUAAUUCAAAACAAAUAUCUUCACACCGAGACAACGAUGUCGACGGCAUCCGAGUAAGUCGAGCCGAGGAUUCUAGCGUUAACAGACCCUCAAGUGAUUGACUGAGAGUCCCCUCUUCGCAUGCUUUUAUCGCGGUCACGCUUCUGCGAUGAAGAGGUAGACGAGGAAGUCGCAGCCGCCAGGGCCUCGCUAGGUUCUCGGGGGCUACCCGGCCUCGCUCACCCCCGCGGGCCCCGCAGCUGCGAUGGACGGACCGACUUGUCGCGGCAGCGUGUUUGCGCGUCCCCUAGAUCUAAGUUACCUAGAUCCUAAGACAGUCCCGCGUCAAGGAAGUAUCUCAAUCAGCGAGAAAGCCGUUCUCCGUGGCUCGUCAUCGAUUGUUUGAUUUAGCGCAUUUACCUAGCUCGUUCUCUCUCUCUCUCCCUCUCUCUCCCUCUCUCUCUCUCUCUCUCUCUCUCUCUCUCAUUACCUCAGUCCUUUGAGAUAGUUCCUCUCGCCAUGCAAUAUCGAGCGAGCCAUACUUGUGUUAAGCCGCGAGUGACGUUACACCAUGAAGCUCGCGAGAAGCAUGCACAGGCUGUUCCGGAACUGUCGCGCCGCCGCUCGCCCGAUUCGCCAGGACGCUUUCACGGAAAGGCCGAGCUCGAAGCAGUCGAAGCUGACCGAGACGAGCAUGCGGCACGUCGGCUCCGCGAACAGUCUGUAUACGGAUAUCCCUCGUGUAUUGCUCAUGUUUGUAGACUACGUAAGUGACGCCUCGAUCAUUCUAUUUUAUCAGUAGCCGUAUGAUGUACACAUAUCUAAGGCGUUCCGUCACAUGCUGUACGAUGGAGCCGUAUCCCUAAGGAUUCUCGCGCGUAAGAUGCAUGCGUCCUAUAAUUAAUAUUCACUAUUAAGGUACUAUGUAUAGCGCUGUGCAGCCAUCGCCAUUUUGUUUCUCAAACGGCAAACCUUUGCCAAUAAAUCCAUUGCCAUGAA